UUUCCUCCAUUUUCUCUCAGCAUUUGGGUCGAAAGUCUCAGUCUUCUCGGUAGUUCGUUCUAUCAAUCAGUCCAUUUUCCAUCUCUGUUGCUGCUAUCUCUCUCCGUUCUGAAGCUAUGUUACUCAAGGCUGCUUCGGCGAUCUCUUCGCUGACCACUCAAGGGGACAACCUGCGUCCUCUGUUUUCAUCUGGUUCUUGUCAAGGAUCUCAAAAUUCUGGGGUGGUUAGGGUUUCGACCCGCAAAAACAGACCUGGGAUUGUGGUUUCUGCGUCCAAAGGAGCUAAUGACCGGCCGCUUACCGGUGUUAUUUUUGAGCCCUUUGAGGAGGUCAAGAAGGAGCUGAGUCUGGUUCCCACUACCCUUCAAGUGUCUCUUGCUCGACAGAAGUUUACAGGUGAUUGUGAAGCCGCGAUCAAUGAACAAAUCAAUGUGGAGUAUAAUGUCUCGUACGUGUACCAUGCCUUGUUUGCUUAUUUUGACAGGGACAAUGUUGCACUCAAGGGUCUUGCCAAAUUUUUCAAGGAAUCAAGUUUAGAAGAGAGAGAGCACGCUGAGAAAUUGAUGGAGUACCAGAACAAACGAGGUGGAAAAGUGAAGUUGCAGUCUAUUGUCAUGCCUCUCUCUGAGUUUGAUCAUGCAGAGAAAGGAGAUGCGUUGCAUGCAAUGGAGCUUGCAUUAUCUCUGGAGAAACUAACCAAUGAGAAGCUCCUGAACUUGCAGAGUGUGGCGGUGCGAAACAAUGAUGUUCAGUUGGUAGAUUUUGUUGAGAGUCAAUACUUAAGUGAGCAGGUGGAAGCCAUCAAGAAGAUAGCAGAAUAUGUUGCUCAGUUGAGAAGAGUGGGCAAAGGACAUGGCGUCUGGCACUUCGAUCAGAUGCUCCUUCAUGAGGGAGAGGAAGUGGUUGCAUGAUGCUUCGGAUUGCUGGCUGGUUUCAUCUUGGAAGUUUAUUUUAUCUUAUGUUAGUUUCAUCUUGGAAGUUUUCUAUAGGACCUUUUGUUUGUAGCCUCUGAGUUCUGUCCAUGGUAGAUGAGCACGUAUGGAUUUUCCUUUUAAUCAUCUUAGUCAAAAGUUUUUCUCUAAGAGCUUCUGUCAGCUACUUCCUUCAAUCACGUUUUUGAGCACGAAAGUAAUGUUUACAGUCACUCAAUUUCCACUGUUAAAAUCCUUCUGCUGGAUUUUAAAUGACCGGGUACUCGCUCUUCCUAUCAUCUGUCCUGGUAGGAAGGCAGGAAAUGAGACUUGUGAUCUAUGAAUUGGUUUUUUUUUUCUUCUUUUUUGAACUAAGGAAAAUUUUGAGGGAAGGAAAAAAUAUUACAAUCGUCUCAAUAAAGAUUUAAACCUUAG